GUUUCUCGGGAAAGAGUAUGAUAAUCAGUAUUCUGUAUACCUGAAGUGCGUCGAGGAAACGGAGCAAAAGUGAUCGGUUGGUUUUGCCGUUAGUCAUUCCACGCAUUCUGCAGACAGAGGCGGUGGUUUCUGAUCAGGGCUCUGAAUCUCACUGACUGGACUUCGUUGGCAAGAGAUUUACGAGCACCAAGCAUCAUGAAUUCCACGCAGAUGAGCACCGGCAUCUCUGGUGCAGUUCCCGGCAACUUCGUUACUACCGAGGCGGCAGCUUGGACCACAGCGAUGGGCAACGGCACGGCCGGGCCUAACGGCGGUGGGCCGAUGUAUAGCUACGGAGAGAGAGUGUUCAUCGGCGUCAUGUGGCUCCUUAUCUCCAUCCUGGGCAUGACGGGAAACGGGAUGGUCAUCCUGGCUGUCGCCCUGUCCAGAAAGCUCCGGACCCCGACCAACGUCUUUGUGGUCAACCUGGCAGUGGCGGACUUUCUGUCCUGCUUCUGUCUGCCGUGGAGCGUGGCGGGACUGCUAAGCCUAGAUGGGUUGCCGGGAGCUCAAGUACCCUGUAUGAUCACCGCCUUCAUCAGCUUCGUCAGCUCCGGGGCGAGUCUCUACCACAUGGCCAGUAUCGCCCUUAACCGCGUGCUUCUUAUCAAGAGGCCUAUGACCCUCUACCAGUGGCUCUACACACCUACCAAAAUCUCCUUCCUGGUUUCCUCGUCCUGGCUCGUGGCUAUCUGUGUCAUUCUCCUCCCUCCGCUGGCAGGUAUCGGCGGUCUAGGCUACGAUGAGCAAGAGUACACCUGUACCGAUCAAGACUCCCAUCCGGCGUCCAAGCUGUACGCGCUGAUCCAGGUCGUCAUGUUCUUCCCCGUCCCCAUGCUCAUCAUCAUCGUCUGCUACGCGGUGGUCUUCGCCCACGUCCGGAGUCAUUUCAUCGCUCAACGCAAGCGCCGCCCCUCCACCGUGCCGUCCAAGGAUACCCCGAGCGGUCCUGUCUCCAGCAACUUCAUCCCAUCCGACAGCCCCGAGGAGGUCCAGGGGCCCGAUACCAUGGACAACCAGGUGCACGCGCGACUCAACCGCCAACAGAUCCAGAUAACCAAGAACCUUCUUAUGAUCGUGUUGGUGUACGUCGUGUGCAUCACCCCGUACAGCAUCAUGCUGUUCACCGGUAGCGAUCGCUACACGCUAUACGGCGGUACCAUCUUUCUUUGCAACACGUGGAUCAACCCCAUCGUCUACGCUACCAAGCAUCCACAGCUCAAGGUGGUCCUGCGAAUGAUGCUGCGAUGCCGUUGCAGCAAGAUUCCAGAGCCCUCUAGGCUGGUGCGCAGGCUCUCCAGCAAGACCAUCGCACUGAACCAAGUUAAGGUCAAUAAGGCUUAAAUUGAACUUGCAUCAUGAAGAACUACUUCGAUUCUCAGUGAUAUAGACCUUAGUAAAUUGAUGAAACCAAUAGAUUUUAUUACCGAUAAGAAAUGAUAAAAAUAAUAGCGGUACUUAAUCAGUGUACAUCCAAACCAAUACACAGAAGACAUAAACAUGCUAUUACGGUUCAGGUUAUCGUUCGUCAUCAUGACAUGAUAGAUCUUUUCGGUCUGGUCCCACUUUGUAGAGCGACUUGUUGUUACAAAUCUCUUGUCAAGUUGUUUGUUAUUGCAGACACCUGUGAACUUAUUUCAUUUUAACAAGUGUCAAAGUCUAUCCAUGGUCUGGCAAAAAACUACACCAUAAUUUUUAACAAGUUUACAUAAUUUUAUCCUGAACGAUAGGACCAUUUAAUGUUGAAUGUGGUACAUAUAGAGGUUCUUUAAUGAUACUAAUUAGGACAAUAGUUGUCCAUCUUCAGUAGAGGACGAGUCGUGUUGAAAUGGAAAUAUGCGACUAAAAUUAUUCUUUUUUAGAUUGUUUGUAAUGGAAUAAAUGUGACUGUUAUAUGUGUCUUAUAUUUGAUUGUUUUAUUUCACGAAUACCUAGUGUUUAUGCCAAUUUCGUUUACAAAUUGAAAGCUAAUGUCUGAUAUGAAUGGCUUUAAAAUACUUCAAGUUAUAGAAAGUUGCUUCUAUUACUUAUUACCUUUCCCCCAAAGCUUAGCAAAUUGUUGCUUUGACUAUUCCGUUGAAAAUCAUUUUAUAAGGCUUUAGAAUGUAACAUAAUUAUUGCACAUGUAAAUAAGCAAUUAAAUCUAAACAAUAAAGAACUGUGUACAAUGUAAAUACAAUGUGUUAUUAGUUGAAAUAUAAGACCAAUUUACAGAAUGAGUGUGGGGUUCGAAACAUUAACACUUUAACAGUUGUUUGGUUUUCUAAAAGCACUUAUUUAAAAUUCCUGUUGAAUGAAAACAAUCUUAGGCCUUCACUGGAGUCUUCAUUGAUGUUAUAUUUGAAGAGAUGAAGGAUGCUAUGCUCAAAAUUACGUGAGAAGAUUCUUUGAGGGAAUCAUUCUGGCGUGUACGCGAUCGUUUUUACUGCUUUUGUUUUUCGCAAUAAUGUUGGUAAUCAGGAAUUAUGAACAUAGUGCUACAAUAACGGGCCUCUAUAAAUGCUCAUAUCUUUAUUAAUAAAACAUGAUUUAAAUUCAGCGUUCGUUUCUUAUUACGCAUCUUGGCGGCGGUUCGUUUGGUAACGUGUUUAGCGCCGAGGCUGCGCUGUUAGGUCCUGGGUGGAAGUCCUUCGACAACAGAAAGAUUCCGAAACCAGAUAAAUAUCACAGAGAUCAAGAUCGAAAAUGGCUGCCUCUUGAAAAAAAUUCAUUUAUGAGGCUAUGCGUGGGCCAAUUAUUAGGUUAUGAGCACGCCAAUCCACCAAGAACCAACCGCGAGCAAUUUAAAUGUAAAUAGCCCGAUAUCUUGGCUGGUAACCUUUCUAUAAGCAACACUUACAUACUGCUGUGCAUUGCUACUUUUCCGUAUAACGUUGCCACAAUUGUCAUAAUCCUAAGUACAACAAUUUGGUUGUAUCUUUGAGUCAACCUAUUUUGUAAGAGUUGAGGUGAUUUACCACAAAGUUGCGCGGAAUUUAUUCUUCUAUAGUUUCAUAAUUUUAAAUUGUAUAAUUGUGUUGUCCUUUUUAUCAAAGUACCGGUAACCAGUUUGAUUUAAGUUUUGUAUAUAUUAAUAACUGUACAGUUUAACAAAGUCGGGCUUGCGGCAAGGGAAAACCUCAAAACAGUGUUAACAGAAUCGGAAAUGGAAUUGAAUUAAUACUUAAUUAAUGCUUGCCAUUGAGAUUAAAACAUUACGAAUGUGAUUAUUAA